UGCGCGCACUGGAGCUUGUGGCUAUGGCGCUGCGCCUGGAGAACGUCGGGGGAGCGCCGCUUAGCGUCCACCACGCUGGCAUCGGCGGAUUAUCGAAGCGUCGGGUGAUGAAAUCGCCGUCGGCGGAGGAAUCGCCAGCUACAGCGAUCCAAGAGAGGUCUGUGAAGAAGCCCUCUCCCGAUCACAAUGCCUUCGAUUCGGGGCAUGCGGUGACAGAAGCAGCACCAGCGCCAGCGCCAGUGCUAUCGUCGCUCGGGAGUCCGCCGGUUGUGGAGCCCGACAUGCCCUUCAAUCCCUUCCUCAACGCAGUGCCGGGUAUUUCCAAUCCCUACGAGCUCUUCAAGGCGAUCGUCAUGCUCCCGGUCGCGAUCUUGCGGAUGAUCGCAUUCACGGCGAUUCUCCUGCUGGGUCUUGUCCUGACCAAGAUCGCGCUCAUCGGCGCCAGGGACGUGCUCACCAGGCCCUUUCCUGCAUGGAGGAGGUCUCUGCUGUGGCCAGUGAGGAUUCUCGCGAGGGUGCUUCUCUUCGUGUGUGGAUUCCACUGGAUCACCAUCAAAGGCAAGCCGGCUCCUCGCGAGAGAGCUCCGAUUCUGGUCUCCAACCACGUCACGUUCGUGGACCCCGUUUUCAUCUUCUACAAGCAUUUGCCCGUGAUCGUGACGGCGGAGGAGAAUCUCAAGUACCCGGUCAUUGGCGCGAUCAUCAGUGCCAUGCAAGUCAUUGCCAUCAACCGGGGCUCGCCAGACUCGCGCAGGAACGCGGCCGGAGAGAUCAAGCGGCGAGCUAUGUGUAACGACUGGAGCACCGUGAUGAUCUUCCCAGAGGCGACCACCACUAAUGGUAAGUCGCUGGUUUCUUUCAAGACUGGAGCGUUUACGCCCGGCUACCCGAUCCAACCGAUGGUGGUACGCUAUCCUCAAGUUCACAUGGAUCCAUCGUGGGUAGCACAGGGCCCGUCUAUAUACUUCCUCAUCUUCAAGCUUAUGAUCCAGUUCCACAACUACAUGGUGGUGGAGUACCUCCCGGUGAUCGAGCCGAGCUGGAAGGAGCAGUGCAACCCGAGGCUCUUCACGGAGAGAACCCGGAUGACAAUGGCCAGCAUUCUCAACGUGAUGGUGUCGGAGCACAGUUAUGAGGACCUGAGCCUGGUGUCGGACGCACAGAAGGCCAAAGACUACUCCACCAUUCCGGUGAUCGAGUUUGGCAGGUUUGAGAGGCUCUACAGGUUGACGAUGAAGGAGGCCAAGGCUUACUACGCCAAGUUCAAGCUCUUGGAUCCGGCCGCGACCAACAGGGUGACUUACGAGACGUUUGUCAAGGUGCUGGGGCUGCCCGAUUGCCAGCCGGUCCAGCAAGUGUUCUCGCUGUUUGACGGCUUAGGGAGGGGCUACUUCAACUUCCGGCAGUAUGUCAACGGGCUGGCAUUCAUAUCAAGGUUUGAAAAGCUCCGUGAGACAAUCGACGCGGCGUACGGGCUCUGCGACCAGGACAACGAUGGCAUCUUGAGCUUUGAGGACGUUUUCAGCAGCCUUAAGGACUUGAUUCCCAGCAUCAGUGGGAGGCAAAUACAGGAGGUGUGGAAGAAGCUGAGCAAAGGAAUGGAGCGGGUGAGCCGUGACGAAUUUGUAGAGGCUCUCCAACGUGAUCCCGAGUACCUGGCGGUGUUUCUCGCUGCAAGGACGGAUCUACUUACUACGAAGUCCGCCGCCGCCGCCGCCGCCUCCUCCGCUGCCUCUACACUUCCUGAUGGCUUCGUGAACGGGUCACUCCGCUCAAGCUGAUUUGCCUCGAUCAUCAGUCGGGGGUGUAUAUACGUAGGUGGAAGGAAGACAUACAACAUACACGCGUUUGUUAAUCACGUAGCGAGGUACGUGGUUCCUAAGCGCGUCUAAGUAUCGGUUUUUGUUGAUUCUGUCCAGCGUAAAAAUUUCUACAUAGGUAGGGAGACGCGCGAAUAAAAAGCGCGACUUCGCUGUAAGCUUCCUACUUGCUAGAAAUCGAGACAAGUUCUUCCCUUGGUUA